UAGCUUCCGGCGUGAGCGGCGAAAGCCGGGAGGGCGAGAGAGAGAGCGAGCAGCAGGCAGCAGGCGGGCGGGCGGACAGACGGCACGGAGGGAGGGAGCGAGCGAGCAGUGAGUACGCCAGCUAGGGCGGCCGGGUCCCGAGGGCAGCCGAGAUUGCUCAGGUCCCUCCGGCCCCCUCCCCGGAGCCCACAGCGCCUCCGGUUUCCAGCGGAGCGGACACGGCCCGGCCCGGCCAUGGCCUCGUUGCUGAAGGUGGAUCAGGAAGUAAAGCUCAAGGUAGAUUCUUUCAGGGAGCGGAUCACAAGUGAGGCAGAAGACUUGGUGGCAAAUUUUUUCCCAAAGAAGUUAUUAGAACUUGAUAGUUUUUUGAAGGAACCAAUUAUAAAUAUCCAUGACCUAACUCAGAUCCACUCAGACAUGAAUCUCCCAGUCCCUGACCCCAUUCUUCUCACCAAUAGCCACGAUGGACUGGAUGGUCCCACUUAUAAGAAACGAAGGUUGGAUGAAUGUGAAGAGGCCUUCCAAGGAACCAAGGUGUUCGUGAUGCCCAAUGGAAUGCUAAAAAGCAACCAGCAGCUGGUGGACAUUAUUGAAAAAGUGAAACCUGAGAUCCGGCUGCUGAUCGAGAAAUGUAACACGGUCAAAAUGUGGGUACAGCUCCUGAUUCCCAGAAUAGAAGAUGGGAACAACUUUGGGGUGUCCAUUCAGGAGGAAACAGUUGCAGAACUAAGAACUGUUGAGAGCGAAGCUGCUUCUUAUCUGGACCAGAUUUCUAGAUAUUAUAUUACAAGAGCCAAAUUGGUUUCUAAAAUAGCUAAAUAUCCCCAUGUGGAGGACUAUCGCCGCACCGUGACAGAGAUUGAUGAGAAAGAAUACAUCAGCCUUCGACUCAUCAUAUCAGAGCUGAGGAAUCAAUAUGUCACUCUACAUGACAUGAUCCUGAAAAAUAUUGAGAAGAUCAAACGGCCUCGGAGCAGCAAUGCAGAGACACUGUACUGAGGCCAGGGCCAGGGCCAGGGCCAGGGGACUCUUCUAUUCUGGCUCAAGACCGACAUUGCCUUGGUUUGUUACCUGACUAUCGUGAUGGGGAAACUGGCUGGAAAUAGUAAUCACACCUCUCUGUUUUUAGUUAGAGUCUAAUGAAACGCUCAUCUAGUUCUGUGAUGUGUUUACCUCUUUUUUCAGGCCUCAGGAACUCUUCUAUUUCCUUCCCUAAUACUCCAUACCCAAACUGUCCUUUCUGGAGAACUCCAGGUUUGCGUGUGCAGGAUGUUGGCACAAGAACACUUGUGUUUUCUCUCUGCCUCCCUCCCUCCUGUGUCUUGGGCUUUGUGUUUUCUUUCUUUUGAUGAUUGUUGGUUAGAAGCUGAAGGAACUGGAAGGAAAGAGAUUUUUUUUAGGAAAUAGGGUGGCAGGAGGACCAGCUCUUCCCUUCCUCAUGUAAGGUUAGUGUCUCUUGCCUUUGUGGGACAUUGAAGACUCCCUGCCACAGUUGCCCUUGUGAUGACAUAGGGUCUCCCAUCUGCAUAUAUCCCACCUUGAACCUGAUCAUGACAAGAACCACCUUAGGCCUUCAGUCAAGUCCCUAGCUCCUUGGAUGUUUUUAUAGCUAUAACUGGGGUUUUCACACACGUGUGUGUGCAUGUAUAGUCACAUACACCACCUCCCUGCCCCUUUACCCAACAAACCUUCCCCUCCGUGACCCUGUCACAUACAUACCUUUCAGGAGAUGGUAGUUGUCUUUGUCAUCAUCCACCCAGACAGAAGUCCUGGGACAUCUUUCCUGGAGCCUCUGGGUGCCCCGGGUGAAUUGGAGAGUCAGGAGGUGAGAGGCAGAGAGAUUGGGGAAGGCCACUUCCCCUGUGGCUUGGGUCCUUUCUGCUUUAUUGCAAAAGCUGGUCCUCUGACUCCUGGUUGCCUUUUCUCAGGCCAGUUGUAUACUGGGGUGGGGAAGUCUGCAACUCUGAGGCCCAGAUGCUGCUGCCCCUUUUGGGCUUUCCCUUUAGGAAAUAUUUCUCUUAUUUAUAGUAUUGUGCUUCCAGGGAAAGCAGUCAUUUGUGUGUAUGCAGAAAUAGGCUGGGCAAGUCAAAACCAUGGAAGAGUUGCCUCCUGUCUCUUGAAUCUUCCAGAAAUACCAUUUACUGUUACAGCUUUUGUGUUAACCCUCAUCAGCCCCAACUGUUUACUUCUACUACUGGAGAGUCGGCUUCUGCAGUCAACCUGCCAGGGAUUCUGUGUCUAUUUAUGACUUUUAUUUGUCAUCUGUGUGUCUGUCUUCCAAGCCGCAAUCAUAUUUCCACCUGGGAUGCAUCAUUUUUAUCCCUAAUAUUCUGUAGAGAAUGAGUCAGGAUGCUGUCUUCCCAUGAAUAGUACUCAGUAACAAACCAAUUGCAUUUUAGUUGGGCAGUGCCCCAACCCACCCUCCAGAUCCCUUCCAGCUAAAACCCUUCCCUCCCCGACCAUGUGUUCUCAGUUUCCCUUUUUGUUUGUUGAAUUGUUCCGCUGCCCCACCUCUUCACCCUACCACACUUGGAUCGUAAUGUAAAAUUCUUUUACCAUGUCAAGAAAUUAUUAAAAAUACAGGUACUUUGA